AUGCCUCCUCCUCCUUCAGCCUCCCCCACAAGCACGAGCUGGACGCACGAGUUUGACACAAUCCGCAGGGAAAACCUCUUUCGAAACCCCCCGAAAGAUCACACUGCAUAUCCAGCUCUCAAGGCCGCAAUCGCCCCCCAUGUCGAGUCGUUCAAUGCGCUCUUUGGAGAGGACGGGCUGAUUGCCCAAAGCCUACUGGACAUUGGCACCAAAACAUACCUCGAUGGCAACGACAGAGAUGGGCCUGCCGGAAAAAACAAGUUGGCGAUCAAAAUCAAGGAGGUCUUUGUGGAAAAAUCAGUCUUGCCACCCUCGAACAAAUUCUCCACUCGGAAUCGAGAAAUCCUGCCAGCGGAAUGCCGAGAACGACAUGUCACUUACCGGGGGAAGAUGCGUGCCCGGUUCGAGUUCCAAAUCAACAAUGGAGACCCAAAUGAGUUUGUUCGGGAACUUGGGCAGAUACCCCUGAUGUUGAUGUCAAGUCGAUGCCAUCUCGAGAACAACUCCCCUGCCCUAUUGGUGCAACGAAAAGAAGAGGCCGAAGAGCUGGGUGGAUACUUCGUGGUCAAUGGCAUAGAAAAGCUCAUCCGACUCUUGGUCGUCAAUCGAAGAAACUUCCCAAUGGCAAUCGAACGGCCGUCAUUCGAAGGCAGGGGACCCGCAUUCACGAAGUAUGGAAUGAUCGUGCGAUCAGUACGUCCAGACCAAACAUCCCAGACCAAUGUUCUACAUUACCUCAAGGACGGCAAUAUUACAUUUCGGUUUUCGUGGCGGAAGGCAGAAUACCUCAUUCCUGUUAUGAUGAUUUUGAAGGCGCUGGUAGAAACCAAUGACCGAGAGAUAUUCGAAGGCCUUGUUGGAUUUGCUGGAUCCGAAGGAUCAAAUAAUACAUUCUUGACCGACCGAGUUGAGCUGUUACUUCGCACAUACAAGAACUACGGACUCUACACGAAAAGCAAGACAAGGGCAUACUUGGGAGGGAAAUUUCGGGUUGUGCUCGGGGUUCCUGAAACAUGGUCAAAUUAUGACUGUGGAACCGAAUUCUUGCGAAAGGUUGUGCUUCCACAUCUUGGAAAUGUCAAUGUUACAGAAGCACAAGAUAUGGACAAGUUCAAACUGUUGUUGUUUAUGACAAGGAAACUGUAUGCUCUAGUUGCUGGGGAUUGUGCUGUGGACAAUCCCGAUGCUGUUCAGAACCAAGAGAUCCUCCUCGGAGGAUUUCUAUUUGGCAUGAUCAUCAAGGAACGGCUCGAUGACUGGGUCUCAACCAGCUUGCGAGCUGCAAUACGAGACUACAUCCGAAAAAGCCCCGAGCAUAACUUUGCCUCGCCAGACUUCCUCAAGGAAUUCCCGGUCAAAAUCUGCGGUCGUACAAACGAAAACAUUGGAGGAGCUUUGGAAUACUUCAUGUCAACUGGGAAUCUCAUCAGUCCGACCGGCCUGGAUCUGCAGCAAGUUUCGGGCUUUACUGUGGUUGCCGAGAAGAUCAACUUCCUCCGAUUUAUCAGUCACUUUCGAAUGGUACAUAGAGGUAGUUUCUUUGCUCAACUGAAGACUACAACCGUGCGAAAACUUCUGCCAGAAAGUUGGGGGUUUCUCUGCCCUGUUCACACUCCUGAUGGAAGUCCUUGCGGUCUGCUAAACCAUCUCGCCCACAAAUGCAAGAUCAUGACCCAAGCGGUGGACGUCUCGGCAAUACCCCAGUUAAUCUUUGAUCUCGGAGUAGUCAGCACAGGCUCAGCAUCCACGAAAGAGAGUGUUGGUGUUCUACUGGACGGGAAGAUUCUCGGAUGGUGCUCGCCAGAACAAUCUCUCGUGAUUGCUGACACUCUGCGAUACUGGAAAGUCGAUGGCACGCACAAUGUCCCAAAGGAGCUCGAAAUCUGCUUCGUUCCCAACUCGCAUGGCGGUCAGUAUCCCGGAAUAUACAUGUCGUCAGCCCCAGCUCGAAUGAUCAGACCAGUCAAGUAUCUCCCACUCGACAAGGAGGAUUUUGUUGGGCCUCAAGAACAACCUUUCAUGUCAAUUGCUGUCACUGAGACAGAGAUCAUAUCUGGCGAAUCCACCCACGUUGAAUUCGACCCUACCAACAUUCUCUCCAUUCUUGCAAAUAUGACCCCAUUCUCCGACUUUAACCAAUCCCCAAGAAACAUGUACCAAUGUCAAAUGGGCAAGCAAUCGAUGGGAACGCCAGGGACAGCACUCCGAUACAGGACCGACAACAAGACGUACCGACUCCAGACCGGACAAACGCCAAUUGUUCGAGCCCCUCUCCACAACGAUUACGGAUUCGACAACUUCCCAAACGGUAUGAAUGCUGUCGUUGCUGUCAUUUCAUACACCGGUUACGACAUGGACGACGCUAUGAUAAUCAACAAAUCAGCACACGAACGAGGCUUUGGUCAUGGGACAAUCUACAAGGUCAAAAAGAUUGAUCUUGAAGAAGGGGGCUCAAAAUCCAGGUCCUCAAAAAAUGUCAAGAAACUCUUUGGGUUUGCACCGGGCUCUGAGAUCAAAGCCGAGAUCAAGGGGCAGAUCGACGAAGAUGGACUGCCAUACGUUGGUCGCCUUAUCAAAGAAGGAGACAAGAUUUGUGCUUGGCAUACGGUGUCUCCUGACGGAAAUGGGAACCUCGUCAAUCGAGACGGAAUCACACACUUUGAGAAGUACAAGGAAACUGAACUUACCUUCAUCGAAGAAGUACGACUGAUCGGCAACGAAAACGGUGUCGAACCUUGUCAAGCAAUUUCGAUUAAAUUCAGAAUACCCCGAUCUCCAGUCAUCGGUGACAAGUUCUCUUCUCGCCAUGGCCAGAAGGGUGUUUGCUCUCAAAAAUGGCCCAGCAUCGACAUGCCGUUCUCGGAAUCCGGAAUCCAGCCAGAUGUCAUCAUCAACCCUCAUGCUUUCCCUUCUCGGAUGACGAUCGGUAUGUUCAUCGAGUCCCUUGCUGGGAAGGCUGGCGCUCUCCAUGGUUUGGCGCAGGAUAGCACACCGUUCCGAUUCGACGAGGAACAUACCGCUGGUGAUUAUUUCGGUCACCAGCUCAUGAAAGCUGGAUACAACUAUCACGGCAACGAGCCCAUGUACUCCGGAAUCACGGGCGAAGAAUUACAUGCAGACAUCUACAUCGGAGUUGUCUACUACCAACGUCUACGACAUAUGGUGAACGACAAAUUCCAAGUCAGAACAACGGGACCUGUGACGCAGCUGACGGGCCAGCCCAUCAAGGGAAGGAAGAAGGGUGGUGGUAUUCGUGUCGGGGAAAUGGAGCGAGAUUCAUUACUUGCACAUGGUACAGCAUUCCUUCUCCAGGAUCGUCUUCUCAACUGCUCCGAUUACACCAAAUCUUGGAUAUGCAAACAGUGCGGGACAUUCCUGUCAACUCAGCCAACCGUCUCUCAAUUCGCCCCGAGAAAGAAAGGAACCGGCGUCGUGAGAUGCAGAAAGUGUGCGCAUAGAGCGGAGGAUUGGUCAGGCAAAGGCGAGGUGUGGGAAGACGGGGAUGGCCAGAGAUAUAUUGGUGGUGAUGAGACGACGAUUGUUGCUGUGCCUGGGGUGUUGAAAUACCUGGAUGUUGAGCUUGCUGCUAUGGGCAUCAAGCUGAAGUAUAAUGUUGGCCCAUGA